AACGUAACGUAAUUCGCUAACACGUUUUCUCCUAGAACAGCAUAUUUCUUUAGGCUUGGCGCCUUCGUCAAAUGCAGUGAGCGUCGGUGUACGUAAAAUGGCGGACGGUGACAUUGAUUUGUACGCCGACGAUCUCGAGCAAGAUUUCGCGCAGAUUCACAGCAAGAAAAGCAAAAUGGUGUUAGCGGAUGAGUUUGCUGGUGAUGGCGUUGAUUUGUAUGAUGAUGUGAUAGCAGCUCCUGCUGGUGGUAAUGGUGGCGUUUCUACGGGAAAUAGUGGAGAUGGUGCUGGUGAUACUACUUCACCAAAUGAAGAAACAAAUGGUAGCGCACCUUACCAUCAACUUGGAAAUAAUAUUCAGCCAAACCAAAUUGGGAGACGUCAUCAACUAUAUGUCGGAAAUUUGACUUGGUGGACAAGUGACCAAGAUAUAACUGAUGCUGUUCAAAGUAUUGGUGUAUCAGAUUUUGUUGAAGUAAAAUUCUUUGAAAAUCGAGCCAAUGGACAAUCUAAGGGAUUCUGUGUGAUAUCUUUGGGAUCAGAACAAAGUAUGAGGAUAUGUAUGGAAAGAUUACCUAAAAAGGAAUUGCAUGGACAAAAUCCAGUAGUAACAUUUCCAACUAAACAAGCUUUGAAUCAAUUUGAGUCUCAGUGUAAGACACGACCAGCUCCGGCUCCUCAACAGAGUCAGAGUCAGCGUCCCCAUAAUCCACAUCAGCAUCAGUCACCAAUGCCACCCCAUCAACAGCAUCCACAACAUCCCCAACACCCUCAACAUUCGCAACAAAAUCAUGGUCCUAGGAUGAUGAUGGGUCCUCCGCAGGGUGUACGACCACAGAGAAUGCCACCUCCAGGGAUGGGUCCACCAGGUCCAGGUGGACCUGGCCAGCAAGGUCCACCGCGUAUGCAUGGUCCGCCGAUGGGUCCUGGACCGGGACCGCACCAUCCUUUACCUGGGCAUCCUAACCAAGGUCCACCACCUCCUGGUUAUCAGCAGGGCCCAUGGAAUGGGCCAAGACCUAAUGGUCCACCUGGACCACCAAGAGGCCCAAGUGGACCUGGUGGUCCACCUCAACAAGGACCACCAGGACCAGGUCCUGGUCAACAUCGGCCUCCAGGAAUGAGUUGUACUAGAGACCUUUCAGAAGCCAGUUACCAUAUACCACAGAUUGAAAUAGAAUCUUCGUUUGUCUCCAUUCAGCAAUUUCAUGGUGGUCCGCCUGGUCCACCUGGUCAAGGACCUCCACGUGGUCCACCUGGACAUCCUGGUGGACCUCCAGGUGAUCCAAGAGGUGCUCAACCACGACCCGAAUGGAAUAGACCACCAGGAAUGCAUCACGGGCCUCAGGGACCACCAGGUUUCCCUCAACAUCAACAUAUGCAAGGCCCGCAACCUGGUCAAGGCCCACCACAGAGAGGACCUCCUCCAGGUUCUAUGGGUGGAAUGUUACCAGGUCCAGGAGGUCCACCACCUGGUCAUGGUGGCCCACCUCAAGGACCACCACAAGGACCCCCAGGAGGACCUGCACCACAUGUGAAUCCAGCAUUUUUCCCACAAGGACCACCUCAUCAACAUCCAGGACAACAUCCACCAGGUCCUCCUGGUCCACCCCAUGGACCACCUCAUGGUCCACCACAUGGUCCACCACAUGGUCCACCUCAUGGUCCACCUCAUGGUCCUCCACAUGGUCAACCACAUGUGCCACCUCAUGGUUAUGGACCACCUGCAGCACAGCCACCUUAUGGCGCACCAGGACCUGAUCAUCGCCCAGAAGGUCCUCCUCCCCUUACAGAACAAGAAUUUGAAGAAAUCAUGGGUAGAAAUAGGACCGUUUCUUCUUCUGCUAUUGCUCGAGCAGUAUCUGAUGCUGCAGCAGGAGAAUACGCAAGCGCUAUAGAAACCCUGGUUACAGCCAUCUCUUUGAUAAAACAAUCCAAGGUUGCUGCAGAUGAUAGAUGUAAAAUUUUAAUCAGUUCUCUUCAAGACACCUUGCGCGGCGUCGAAACAAAGAGUUAUGGAUCCGCACGUAGGGAACGAUCACGUUCACGAGACAGGGAACGCAGUCACAGAAGAAGACGUGAGCGAUCAAGGAGCCGUGACAGGGAAUACAGAGAAAGAAGCAGAGACAGAGAUAGAGAACGUGACAGGGAACGCGAUCGUGAAAGGGAAAGGGAUCGUGAUCGUGACAGAGAACGUUAUUACAGUGAACCAUAUCCACGGGAGAGAUCACGAAGCAGGGAGAGGGAUCGUGAACGUGAAAGAGAUCGCGAAUAUAGAGAGCGAAGCAGAGAAGAAAGUACGACACGUCAGUCAGCCAGGCCAAGAGUAAAAGAAGAACCGCCAGAGACGGCUCCCGUCUCGUCUUCCAAGGCGUCUAGGUAUUAUGACGAUCGCUACAGAGAGCGUGAACGAGACAGAGAUCGAGAACGAGAGUCGAGCCGAAGACCAUCCGAGAGAGAACGAGAACCGGAGCGUGAACGGGAGCGAGAACGAGAAAGAGAUCGUCGCGACGAACGUGGAGACUCUUCGCAUCGUUCAAGGCAUUAAAGGCGAUUACGUGUCGGAGAGAAUAAAGAAGAAUUCUCGUUUACAAAAAAAUCAGAAAUAACAGAAAAAACAGUGAGAAUAAAAAUACAGAAGGGCCAGAAAACGAGGAAGAGGUCACGUCUUAGCAUGCAGUGUUUGCAGGAUCUUACCGGUCAUUUUCUUGCAAGCGUCAUUGAGAAACGGAUCCAAGAGGACACUCAUACACGUUUAUCUCUUGAGAGCACAUGCUUAUCUUCUGUAUUUUGUCUGAAUAUCAGUAGUAUUUAAACACUUUCUCGGCUGAACAGGGAAACCAUUGGUUUCGAAAUGAAAGAAACACAGUGACCUUGCAAUUAAUUAAAUUUUUUGAUAAAUCUAUCAUGAUUCCAUUUAUAUAUGAUCGGUAAUUCAGAGCACCUUUCGAUACAACAGAUUUAGUCUUUGUAUUAGAAGUAUAGAUAACCAUCUUCCAGUUAUUUGUUUUACAUGACAAAUAGCUCUGUACUAGAGGUCUGUAGUUUAUGUGUAUUUAAUAUCUAUGUGUACACGUGUAUGAACCGUAUCUGUAUGUUUUACCACGUAAUUUUUAGUACGUGUUUAUCUGUAUAUUAGGAGUAUCUAAUUCACGUAUGUUUAAAUAUCCGGGUACACGCGUAUUGAUGCAUUCAUAUUCUAACUUACAACUUGGAAGUCUAUAUUUAAAAAUUUUGUUUUAUACACUUAUUGUUGUACUAUUGUAUCUUAUUAGUAGAAUGGUUAUUAAUUCUUAAGUUUCAUAUUAAAGUAUAAGAUCGUGAUCAAUCACAAUUCCCUUUUUUAUAAACAUUUAAAAUUCUAAUUAUAGGGAAUUAAGAACAUGAAUUUUGUAUUUCCUAGUAACAUGCUACACGUGUCUGUUUAUUGCACGUUUAGGAAACUAUGACCUCUAGAAUUUUUAUCAGCUGCAACUGAAUGACUAUGUUAUGAUUGUAUUAAAUUAUAAAUAUCUAUUUUUAGGUGUGCUUAGAUACAUUUAUCGGUAUGUGACGAAGCAUCUAAAAAUAGAGAAUCUCGGUCGAGAAAGUGGCGAAUCCCAAUUAUGUUUCGAUAACAUAAGUUGCAAGUCUCUGUGUAAACUUUCGACAGAGUUCCGAAUCGCGAGCAUUUUAGCCAAAUUACUACGGGUGGUUUUGUCAUAGGGGAUUCUUAGCAACACGUUGCAUGGAUGGUUGAUCGUAGAAUUUGACAUACAGUUUCUUUUUGAGUCAUCGAUGGUGUUGUUUUUUUCUUUUCUUUUUUCUUUUUACGUAGCAUACACUGUCAUAUUACUAAAUAUUAUUACACUAAUUAUAAAAAAAACAACAAGAAAAACUGAUAAUGAAGCUAACGAAAACGCAUACACCACAUAUGCAUAUAUACAUGUAUAUCUAUGUAACAUUUAAGCAGAGAGUAUUUGUUUAGUUUUCAGAAAAAAGUAGUGAGAGUGAAAGAGCGAGAAAGAGAGGGAGAGUAUGUGUUAUUCACGAAUAAAAAAAAAGAAUAAUGAUAAUAGCAACAACAAAUUAACAAAAGGAAAAGAUGGCGAAAGCACAACGAAAGUUAUGUUUCACGAAGAGUUGUGUUCAGUUGCGGUUUACAGAGAAGCUGAAGAAGAGGCUUGCGCCGCACCUAUCGGCGAACGGUAUUGUGUUUGCCAGUUGCCUCGGGGAAGAAUGAAGAUCACACUCUGGACUCUCAUCAUCGGUCUUCUAUCUCCGCGACGAUGCAAGAUUGUAUCUUAACUAUAAUAUAUAUAUACGCUUUCAAAAAAAUAUACGUGAUAAACAUGU